AUGGGUCGCAGCAUUGACCUUAAGUUUAUCGCGGACCUCUCGGUCCUCGUCGGAACAGGAAUCUCGGUAUAUUACUUGGUAUCGCGUCUACUCAAUGAAUCGGACGGAAACCCGCUUUUUGGCAAGUCUAAAGAAGCAAGGCAGAAGCAGUCGCAAACGUGGGAAAACCUGGUAGCCAUGCGGCCACAGCUUCAGGACGUGCGUCUCAGCAGCUACGAACGCAAUGUGCUGGGGUCUGUGGUGCUGCCGCAGGACAUCGAGGUGAGUUUUGCGCAGGUGGGAGGGCUUGAAGACAUCGUGGAAGAAUUGACGGAAUCGGUGAUUUGCCCGCUUACGAUGCCUGAGCUGUACUCCUCAGGGUCCUCGUCGGAUCCCUCAGGCAUGGCGAGCGGUGGGCUGCUGACAGCGCCACGCGGCGUGCUGCUGUACGGCCCACCUGGAUGUGGGAAAACGAUGGUCGCAAAAGCACUGGCGAAAGAAAGCGGGGCCACCUUUGUCUCGCUGCGCAUGUCGUCGAUCCUGGAUAAGUGGUAUGGAGAGUCGAAUAAGAUUGUGGAUGCGGUUUUCUCGCUUGCCAACAAGAUCCAGCCGUGCAUCGUGUUCAUCGACGAAAUCGACUCUUUUCUACGAGAGCGCGCUUCGUCGGACCACGAGGUGACGGCAAUGUUAAAGGCGGAAUUUAUGACUCUGUGGGAUGGCCUUACAUCCAACGGACGCGUGCUAGUUUUAGGUGCCACUAACCGCAUGGCGGACAUUGACUCUGCGUUUCUGAGAAGACUGCCUAAACGCUUUGCAAUUCCGCUACCAGGCCCACAAGAAAGGCGUGCGAUCCUCAACAUUCUACUGCAAGGCUCGGAGCUGGACGCUAAGGACUUCGACCUCGAGGCCAUAGUGAAUGCCACUCGCAAUAUGUCUGGUUCAGAUCUAAAGGAACUAUGUAGAGACGCUGCUUUGACCGCUGCGAGAGAGUAUAUUCGUCAAAAACGGCGGCUCGCGAACUCCGAUGACCCUUUAACAGCGAGCGCUAUUCCAAAGGGCAUCAGACCUCUUAGAACCUCCGAUUUUCACAAGAAUCUGCGAAUCGAAGCCCGGGUACCCCUCGGUUCAGCAGGUCUGGAUUAA